AUGCCUCCCAAGCGCCAGUCAACCGACGCAUCUGGCAGCGCGGCCAAAAAUCCCAAAACGGGCGACCCUCCCCGCAACCCGCGCUGGUCGAAGGUUUCCGGUUCCGCCAAUGCAGACGACGGAUACAGAAUCAAAACUAGCAGUCUCGAGGCCUAUGAAUAUAUUUGCCUGUGCAAACCACUUCACUAUACCGGCCUCGGCGACGACGAUGAAGAGGAUGAAGAGGGGGAGGAAGGAAACGCAGAUAAGCCCUCUGCAGCGCAUCCGGAGCACCCUUGGGCUGUCACCAUGGCAGGCACGCAGAAGCUUACCGCGCUGCGCAUCAUGAGCAGCUUGCGGGACCCGGACGGCUUUGGGAUGCACACUUACAACGAUCACUUUGGCUACGGCGUUCUUGAGGUGGCGCAGAACCCCGUUCUUGAUUUCGAAGAGGCAAAGACUUGGAAGGAGAAAUGGUCCAUCUGCGAGGGAGCAGCCCUGUUUUUCGCGAAAGGUGACGCCAAUCCGCUAUUCCAGGUCGAUGAUGGCGAAGGCGCUAAAACUUUCAUGGAUGUGACCGGCGUCAUGUUCGCUAUUAUGCUAGCCAUGUUGGAUCGCGAAGGUCUACUGAAACCCGACUCUGAAGUCAAGAGUCUAGGUGUUGUCAUGGCUGGGUUCGUUCGGUUCAUUGCCCAUACCAUCGGCCCGGAUUUCGGUAUUCGUGCUAACGACCUCGACAAAACGGUGCUUGCCUAUGCCAAGAAAUACAACAUUGAGCUUAAAGGCUUGUUUGGCAUUGAAAAAGAGCUUGAGACGGCCGAGGCUGAGGCUGAGAAGCUUGAGCUCCCUGCAUCUGAUGAUAAGAAUGGAGAUCCUUGGAAUUGGAAGACGACUUUGGCGCAGUACCAGAAAGAUUACGGGCCCAAGAUCGGAGGCGAUAAAUUGGAUAUUACGACCUGGACUCCUGCUGAACGCAGGAAGGCCGCUUUUGAUAAGAAAGAUCCCUUUAGUAGGAAGAUGAUUGAUGCUAUCAAGGACGGUAUGAUCAUGCAGCCAGCAUAA